AAUUAAUCAGUGCCUGACAAGCGUUGGCAUAUUAACGUUGACAUAUAACUGCCUGCGGGCUAGAACAUUAAACAUUAUCAUGUGGAAGAAGGCUCUAAGAAGAUGGACUUCAUUUCUCAUAUAUAGCUGGAUUUUUUUGAGAUUAUUAUUAGAAAAAUAUUGAAGAGGGCCCGUCCUAGCUACUCUCCAACAACCACCAUAAUAAGGCGGAUAGGCAAGUCACAGACCCUCUAUGUUAUUGCCUAUAUGUAUUUUGGAGUCCCUUCCAAAUUCGCAGAAUUGUGUGUUCUUCUUCAUCCAAUCAUCAGCACAUAAGAGAUCAGCACUGCAGAAAUGGAUGCACCUUCACAGCAAGAGAUGUCAUACUAUGAUCACGUUAAGAGACGCCACGAGGACAAAGGCUGCCUCUAUGCCUUCUUGUUCGCUUUAUGUUGCUGCUGUUGCUGCAGUGAAACUUGUGAGUGCUGUGUGCAGUGUUGCUGCUGUGCUUAGAUCACUAGUCCAGGAAAUGGAAGUAGUAUGAAGAUGAAAGUAAUUCCAUAAUUUCCAUGUUCCUUAAUUUUCCAAUUGUGUGAAGUCUCAUCAGCAUGUAAAAAGUUGGUUCUUUUUCAUGUUAUUUCUUUGAAA